AUGAAGAUGAAGAGGAACUUCAUCUUCAGCAUGACAAUGACCCAAAGCUCACAUCUACAUCAACAAAAGGAUGGUUUCACCAGAUCCAGCGUCCAGGUGAGCUCCGGUCAUUCAGAACCAAGCUGGACCCGACCGCCAUGCCUUAAAAGUGCCCCUAAUUCUUCAUCUGGACGCCGUCCCGGAGUCCAGCGCCGGUUCCAGCUCAGUUCUGAUUUCAGGACGUGUUGCAAGAAGGAGGUGGAGGAGGUGGAAACGGAGGCCACAGAGAUGCUGGAGGGGGAGGUGUCUGAGGAGGAGGAGGAUGAUGAUGAUGACUCCAAGAGUCAGGAUAAUAUUGAUGGAGCGCAGCAGACCACCGUGUCGGCAGCGGCAGCCGGAGGUUCAGUUUCCAGUGGUCUUUCUCCAGAGAUGGGGUCUCAUGUAGGGGCAGCAGGAAGCUCUGCAGGUCACGGAGGGGAUUUCUCCUCUGUCGAUUUAGCAGCAGCUGGACAUCCAAGCAGCUCCUCAGGUUCUGCAGUUUCCCCAGGUUCUGAAGGCUCCACGGGUUCUGCAGCCUCUGUAGGCGCUGCAGGAUCUGCAGGUUUUGUGGAAUCAGCAGGAUCUGCAGCUUCUCCAGGGUCUGUAGGCUCCAUGGGUUUUGCAGGUUCUGUGGAUUCUGCAGGCUCUCCAGGUUCUCCAGACUCUGUAGAUUUGGGAGGAUCUCCUGGUUCUGUAGGUUCUGCAGCUAUUUUAGACUCAGGAGGAUCUCCAGGUUCUGUAGCAGCUGAAAUCUCUGGUGUUUCUGCAGGUCAAACUCACCCAGCAGGAUCUGAGCGCCUACCAAGUCCAUCUAAAACAGACAUAAACGGUCCUGCUGGAAUAGACUCAGAGAAUAAUGGUGGAACAGAGUCUGUCACCCAUCUUCAUGUUGACUUCUUCAAUUCAGGACUCGGCCGUGAUGUCACAGAGUUCUCUCCCAUCACUUUGAGCAUAGAAACUGCAGCUGCCGUCACCAACACGCUGAGCCCAGUUUCAGGUGUUUAUUCCAACACAGAUCAGGUUACUGCGACAGCAGACUCUACAGGUACAGACACAGUUACAGCUCAUCCAACAGGGACUCCCUUUGACUCCAGUCAUCCAGCGGGGACAGGUCACUCACAAAUGGCUGGUUCAGUCACUGAACAGUACAACCCAUCUGGUCAGGGUCCUGAAGGUGCUGAAAAUGUGGAAUUGGAGGAUACCUGCUGACUUCCACAUGAAGCCCCGCGUGCGGUUUAUCCGUUUUCAAAUUCCGUGUACCGACCAAUCAGCAUGGCCCAGGAAUUCUGACUCCACCCACUAGUUGUAGACCCCGCCCCCAACAAAUGAGAAACGUUCCCUUCUGUUGUUUAAAUAUUUAAAAAAAAACGAAUGUUUGUGGACGUUUCUUUUGUUUUAGACCAUCUUUGGGUCCGCUCCUCUAUCUACCACUGGGGCACGAUCCGGCUAGACGUGAGGACGGAGGAUGAAGUCGCGUCAAUAAUUAUUGACGAGAUAAGUGUGUGAAAAUAAAGAAAAAUCACUUGCUGGUCACUUCCCAAGCUGGAAUGUAACAUGACGACUCAUUACUUGCCUCGCAUCUUUUUUUAAUUGCGUUUGAAAACUUGAGUCGCCACCAGCCGGUGGUGAAGAGCCACUUAAAGGGGAAUUAAAUUAAUAAGAACAAUUCAGGUGAAUCUUGACCGUCUGAUUGCAUGUUAACGGCGUCAAACAGGAUGCGAUUGUAAAUUGUGGUUUUGAACUUCAACAAUAAAAGUUUUGUCUAUUUUGAACA